AUGGAGGAUGGCAAGUCCAAAAUCUACAGAGCUGAUGUCCCAGUUCAAGUCCCAAGGCUGGCAGGCUGGAAGAAGCUGAUAUUCCAGUUUGAAGACCAUGAGACCUGGUUGGCCGACUUUUAUGAAGUCCCAGAACUAGAAGUGCCCUGCACAAAAAAUAGGAAGGUCGUUGAUUAUUCACAGUUUCAGGAAUCUGACGAUGCUGAUGAAGAUUAUGGAAGAGAUUCGGGCCCUCCAACUAAGAAAAUUCGAUCAUCUCCCCGAGAAGCUAAAAACAAGAGGCGAUCUGGAAAGAAUUCACAGGAAGAUAGGGCAGCACUUCUGAGUCUAGAAGCUAGCCCCUUUAAGGCCAGAGGCUUGCUUGGACUCAACCUGGAAUCUAAGACCAAGAAGGAUGAUUCUCACUCAGCAGAGGACAGUGAAGAUGAAAAAGAAGAUCAUAAAAAUGUGCGCCAACAACGGCAGGCAGCCUCUAAAGCAGCUUCUAAACAGAGAGAAAUGCUCAUGGAAGAUGUAGGCAGUGAAGAAGAACAAGAAGAAGAGGAUGAGGCGCCGUUCCAGGAGAAAGAUUCCGGCAGCGAUGAAGAUUUUCUAAUGGAAGAUGAUGAUGAUAGUGACUAUGGCAGUUCAAAAAAGAAAAACAAAAAGAUGGUUAAGAAGUCCAAACCUGAGAGAAAAGAAAAGAAAAUGCCCAAACCCAGGCUAAAGGCUACAGUGACGCCAAGUCCUGUCAAAGGCAAAGGGAAAGUUGGUCGCCCCACAGCUUCGAAGGGGUCAAAGGAAAAGACUCCUUCUCCCAAAGAUGACGACGAGGAGCCUGAAAGCCCUCCAGGAAAGAAAACAUGCUCAAGCCCUCCACCUGAGAAGUCCGGGGAUGAAGGGUCUGAAGAUGAAGCCCCAUCGGGGGAGGAUUAAAAGUGAUGAUGGUUUGGGGAGAGAUUUUAUUUAAAAAAAAAAAAAGAAAAAAAAAAGGGGAAAAAAGAAAACCUACUUAAGGUAGAACAUGGUUUUGGCUAUGGCUUGACUCGUGGGCUUUCAAUGCUUUUUUGUUGUCGAAAAUAACAUAUUCUCUCUCUCUCUCUCUCUCUUUUUUUUUUUUUUAUGAAAACCAUUGUAUGUUUAAUUUACCUUUUUGUUUAUUGGUCUUCUCUUUGCCACCACCCUCUAUUCCCCCCCCUUUCCAAUGAAAGCCAUGUCAAAUUAAUCACUGGAUCAACUGCUUCAUCUUUUUUUUUUUUUAAUGGAAGGUAUUACCACAGUUGUAAAGCAAUAAGAUUUGAUAUGAACACUAUGGAAAUGUUGCUUUUUGGUAAAUGGUAGCAAGUUGAGCAGUAAUCAGAAAACAAGGGUUUUAGUUAAAAAUGAUUACUUCUUUCUCUACUUGGACUUUUAAAAAAAUCAAUUGUCAUCUAAUACAAGUUUAUAUAUCUAUACUCAAGUACAGAUGUCUAAAAAAAUCAUGACUUUAAACUUCCACUCAUAAGGCAGGUAGGAGAUAAAAAUGGAUUCUGAAUUGUUACUAAAAGUAUUCAUAUUUUUUAUCUUGGGGACAGGGCAGGGAAUGGGGUUACCUAACCCUGAUUGAGGGUGUGUUUUUUCUUCACUUAUUAUCUCAAAGAGACUCAGAGCCAGUGAUCCUUUUAUCUUUAAGAAACUUAAAAUAAGAAAAAAGGAAAAAAAAAAAACAAGGGCCACCAAAACUUAAAUCACUCUUGAUUUCAUAUUUCAUUCUCUAAUGAUUCAUGUUCUAAAAUAUAUGUGUAUCUAUUCUUCUUGGAUAAAAUUUUACCAAGGAUUUAAAAAAAAAAAAAAAAGCUAGAAAAUGGCAAUAGUUAUACAUCACAGUGGAUUUCUUCUCAAACUAACAAUGUUUUAGGUUUUAAGCAAAUAAAGUACCAGUUAAUGUGAAACUCG